AAACAGAUUAUAAUAAUAAUUAAUAAUUAAUAAUGGACAGCAAUAAUAAUACAUCAAUCACCAAUAACAGCAAUAUUCAAUUAAGUCCAACAAAACAACGACAAAUGGCCAAUACAAAUGGUAAUAUGAAUGGUGUUGGUAAUUUGAUAAAUGAUGAUGAUAUAAAAAUAUUAGAUCGUAUUAGUUGUGAUGGACAACAAUUUGAACAAACUAUUCGUCGUCAAGCACAUUUAAAAUCAAUUGAUGAAUAUUAUCAACUUUAUGAACAAUCAAUAAAAUUACCGGGUGAAUUUUGGAAAAAUGUUGCACGUGAUUUUUAUUGGACAACACCAUUACCUGAAAAUAAUGAUAAAAUUCUUGAUUAUAAUUUUGAUAUUAAUUCUGGUUCGAUUAAAAUCGAAUUUUUAAAAGAUGUACGAACAAAUAUUACUUAUAAUCUAUUGGAUCGUAUUAUUAAUCGUGGAUUUGGUGAUCGUAUUGCAUAUUAUUGGGAAGGUAAUGAAUUAAAUGAACGACAACAGGUUACAUAUUUGGAAUUACGUUCAAAAGUUUGCCGUAUGGCUAAUGCAUUAAAACGUAUGGGUAUUGGUAUUGGUGAUCGUGUUGCUAUUUAUUUACCGGUUACAAUUGAAUUAGUUGUAGCAAUGUUAGCAUGUGCUCGUAUCGGUGCUAUUCAUACUAUUGUGUUUGCUGGUUUCAGUGCACAUUCACUUGCUGAACGUAUGUGUAGUGCAAGGGUUAAAAUUUUAAUUACAGCUGAUGCAUCAUUUCGUGGUGAUAAAUUUCUUCAUUAUCAACCAAUUAUUGAUGAAGCAAUUAGUAAUUGUAUUGAACGUAAAUUAUCAUUAAAAUCAGUUAUUAUUGUUAAUCGUUUUGAUCAAUCAAUUCAUCGUAAUAAAAAUCAAUAUGAAUCAAUUGUUGAACAAUAUCAAUCUAAAUAUGAACAUUUAUUUGUAUCAUGGAAACAAAUUAAUGAAAAUGAAUUGGAUAAUUGUGAACCAGAAUGGUUAUCAGCUGAACAUCCAUUGUUUAUUCUUUAUACAAGUGGUUCAACUGGUAAACCAAAAGGUGUUUUACAUACAGUUGGUGGUUAUAUGUUAACAACAGCUAUUGUAUUUAAAUAUGCAUUCAAUUAUCGUGAUGGUGAUAUAUUUUUUUGUACGGCUGAUCUUGGUUGGAUUACUGGUCAUACAGCUAAUGUUUAUGGUUCAUUAGCAAAUGGUGCUUCAAUUAUAUUGUUUGAAGGUGUUCCUAUUCAUCCAAAACCUGAUCGUCUUUGGACAAUUAUUGAUGAAUAUCGUGCAAAUAUUUUCUAUACUGCACCUACUGCAAUUCGUUCAUUAAUGAAAUUUGAUGAUAAAUAUGUUCGUUCACAUGAAAUGAAUGAAUUAAAAUUAAUAGCAAUGGUUGGUGAACCUAUUAAUCGUGAUGCAUGGUUUUGGGUUUAUCGAAUGAUUGGUAAAGAACGUUGUCCAAUUAUUGAUACAUAUUUUCAAACUGAAACAGGUGCACCAAUGAUUUUUCCAAUACCAAAUAUUAUUGAUUUAAAACCUGGUUCAGCUACAGUACCAUUUUUUGGUAUUUUGCCGGUUAUUCUUGAUGAAAAUGGUAAAGAAAUUUUAGGUACUGAAUCCGGAUUUCUUGCAUUUAAACAAGCAUGGCCGGGUAUAGCACGUACAAUUGAUGGUGAUCAUGAACGUUUUGAAUCCACUUAUUUUGAACGAUUUCCUGGCUAUUAUUUUACCGGUGAUGCUGCUUAUCGUGAUUCUGAUGGUUAUUAUUGGAUUACUGGUCGUACAGAUGAUCUAUUAAAUGUAUCUGGACAUUUAUUAUCGACAGCUGAAAUUGAAUCAGCUAUAUUAAAAGAUAAACGUAUUGCUGAAGCUGCUUCAGUACCAAUGCCACAUUCAAUUAAAGGACAAUGUAUUUGUGCAUUUAUUGUAACAAAAAAUGGUUAUAAUUAUGAUAAUAAUUUUGAAAAAGAUAUACGUAAUCAGGUUCGUCAUGAAAUUGGACCGGUCGCUACACCUGAUCUCAUAUUGAAUGUUCGUGCAUUACCAAAAACACGUUCAGGUAAAAUAAUACGACGUGUAUUGGCAAAAAUUGCUUGUGGAGAAAAAUCAAAUUUCGGUGAUAUAUCAACAAUGACCGAUGAAACAAUUAUUCAACAUUUAAUUGAUAUACGUAUGGAACAUUCUGGUUAAUUAUUUUUAAUAAUAAUCAAUCGAUCAUCGUUAAUUAUUAAUCAUCAAUCAAUCAAUUUUGAUUCUUUUUCGUUUUGUUAUCGAAAGAAAAAUUGAUAUAGAUUUUUCCAAAAAAGUAAUUAGUGUUUUUCUGUGCUCAUAUGUGUGUUAGUGUGUUUGUCUAAUUUCGGUUCAAUUUAAUUCAUCAUAUUUGUCAUUGAGAAAAAAUUAAAUUUUCUCUUUUUUUCAAAACUUAAAAACAAGAAAACAAAUAGCAUCU